UUGCAGGGAUUCUUUUGCACAGUAAUCCUGAUUAUGCCUUCUCCAUCAGGUCUAGCAUCUUGUAGGUUUCCCUCAGCUCUGGUUUAGGCUCAUCAUAUGUCAUGGAGGAGACAUAGCUAGCUUGGGAAUGAAGAUGGAAAUCCCAGAAACAGAAGGCAUUCACACUUUCCGAUUUCCUUGCUCUGGUGGUACAAGAAAGGAACAUAAGAUUUCCGACAGAAAUUGUCAAGUUUGCAAGGGAAGGUAUUCUCCUUGUUCUUCUUGUCUGUCUUCUCCUUGAAAUGUAACCAGUUGGGUUGCAAAGCUUUCAUCAUUGAAGUUACUUCAAGCGGAUUCGGUUUGUUGGGAGAAAAGGUGCAAUCUUUGCAAUCAAAGAGGGAAGAGGGUCCUGAAAAUGCAGGGACUAUUCCGAGGAUUGAGAUCAUUGCAGGAAGCGAUCCGGAGGAGUUCUGCCGUGAAGCAAAACAUAAUGCCUCGCGUGGCCUCCUCUUCUUCCUCCGCGGAAGGGAAAGGGCUACAGAACGUGACUGUGGCAGAUGUGCUGAUGACGAAGGGAGAAGAAAACGUCGGUUCUUGGCUGUGGUGUCGCUCUACUGAUUCUGCCCAUGAAGCAGCCAAGAGUAUGGCACAGAGCAAUAUAGGGUCACUGGUGGUUCUCAAGCCUGGAGAUCAACAGUACAUCGCCGGGAUAAUCACAGAAAGAGAUUAUCUAAGGAAAGUAAUAGCGCAAGGGAGAUCUUCAAAGUACACAAAAGUUGGGGAGAUCAUGACCGAUGAGAACAAGUUGAUAACAGUGACAUCUGACACCGACAUUCUGAAGGCAAUGCAGCUAAUGACAGGUACUAAAGAAAACACGUUAAAGAUUCCGGCUAAUGCUGCAGCCUGCAAGUUUAAUUACCUCUUGUGCUGAUGGUGGACUUUUCUUAUCAUACAGACCACCGCAUAAGGCAUGCCCCAGUUAUUGACGGGAAGAUAGUUGGGAUGAUUUCUAUUGUAGAUGUCGUUCGAGCAGUCGUCGAGCAGCAAACUGGGGAGUUGAAGAGGCUAAAUGACUACAUUCAAGGAGAUUACUAGUAAAAUAGUGUUGUAAACAUCUGAAAACUGUUGAAGCAUCAUAUCCUGCCUUCUAAUUAAUCAAUCAAAGAUUUCUACCCACAAAAAAAAAAAAAAAAAGCCCCUACAUGGAAAACAAGCCAGACUCAGUGAACUUAUUAUUACAGAAUGUCAAGACUAUAGUAAAGCAUCACAAAGCACUCGGUGGAUAAGCAGAAAAAUCUGGAGUUAGGUUCUUGCACCUUUCCUACCCAGAUCAUAAUCCAAUAUUUAGGCCACAUUGACAGCUGCCACUAGUCUUGAUAAUCUUCAGUCCUAAUAGCAAAUGCUGCUUAGUUGGUUAUGUCCGCCUAAAUGUUCUAUUGAACUUUAAAGCAACUUUCGUUGCUAAAGCAAUCUUGAGAUCUUCUGAUUGAGUAUGGCCCUGUGCCAACAUCAUCUUCUCUAUCCUUUGAGCCUCCUCGCCAAAUUCACCAUCAAGAAGACCCCUUAUAACCCGUUCAAAGUCAUUCGCUCCAAGUUGCUCCUUUUUAGCUUCCAGAACCCCCAAAGCCUGAAGCGCCUUCUUUUCCAUUUUAGCCCUAGCAUACAUAUCACAAAGUAUCACUUGAAUCUUCAGAGGAUACGCCUCCCCCAAAUUGGCGAUUUUCCCCAGCAGCUGCUCGACCUCAUCUAUCAAACCCAUCUUGCCCAACCAAUCAAUCAUAACGGUAUAAGUAGCAACCCCUAGCUCAAAACCAACAUCACCCUCCAGCUUCAACAAAAGUUCCAAUGCCUCGUCCAGCAAAUUCUUCUUCUCAUAUGCUGCAAUUAUGCUGGCGGUACACCUGUCAUCAGGCUUCAUCCCAGUUUUCAUCAUGUGGUCAAAGUUAUUCCUUGCUUUCUUAACAUCCCCGACUCGAGCAUAUGCCUCUAUGAGCAAAGUGUAACUUUCCAAAGUAUCUUUGAUUCCUGCUAACGUCGUCAUGGUGCUUGAAAUCCUUCCAGCUCCAGCAGCAUCCCCCAGUUUAGAGAAUGAGGCGAGCAAUGCCAUGAUUAUUUCCUCUGUAACAAUUUCUGUGAUUUCCAUAUCUCUCAGCAAUAGCUGCUCCCCCAAGUCAGGCCGCCCGGCUUUUACAUACGCCAUAAUCAUUGAGUUGCAGACCUUCGUGUCUGGUUUAAAGCCAUGGCUUUUAUAAGUCUCAAAUGCCUGUCUAGCUUUGUCCAUAUCCCCAGCCUUGCUAUACAUAAGUGCCAAAGUUUUGGCAGUCAAGAUAUCAGGGAGAAUACUGUUGUCCUUCAUUUUCUGGAGGAUUCUCUCAGCAUCUUCUACGCAAUUCUCUUCAGCAUGAGCAGCGAUUAGGUUAGAGUAAUCACGGAUAUUUGCUUGGAAAGAAGUCUCGCUCAAGAGAUGUUCAGUUACCUUAAGGUGUAAGUUACUGUUCUGUUCUUUCAGCUGGUCAAGCAACGCAAUCCAAUCAACCUUUCUUGGCUCCUGGAGCUCUUUAUAUUCUGCCAGCAGAGAGGAAGGAUCAUCCUCCAUUUUCAAAGACAGGAUUUUCUCAGCAACUAGUUUGCAUUUCCCUGAUAUUGGCUUAGGCUCUUGGGGCCAAAUGGCUUCUCCCGCUUUAUGUAUUUUAUCCGCAACUUGACCCCAUUUGGAAUCCGAGAGAUCUAGCCCAUAAAUCUUGUACUUUAUCUUCCCAUGCCUCUUAGGAAGAUCAACAACCUUAGCCUCCUCCCCUUCCUCAGUCACCAGGGUUUCCUCACCAGUAGUAGUCUCGCCUUCUGCUUCCGCUUUCUCUUGGCCUCUUUCUUCUUGUUGUUGUUCUUCUUCUUCACGAAGCCGUUUCAAGCCCUCAUAAAAGUCGGCUUCCUCCAUCUUCUCUCGCGCCCAUUUGAACCUCAGCUCUCGAAGCAUGUCCCCUUGAAGACCUAUUUCACCAGCAAACCUACACAUUUCUUUCACCUCCUCGUCUUGCAAGAAGUGCUUCAUUUUCUCCUUCUUCCUCUCCUUUUCCAUGUCCUCCACCACGGAGUUACUAACUUCCCAGACAGUCCUCCAAAGAUCCUCGCUAAAUUCCUCGGACGAAAUGUCAGACCCAAGCAUCUGGUCCAAGUUACCUUUCUCCAUCUCAUACACAACCUUGUCAACUAUAACCAGAAGCAUACCAUCGACAGUAGGCUUAUCACAUUCGGGGUAGGCUUCGGAUAGCUUCUUCCGCAUGAUCCAGGCAAACCGAGACAAGAACUCGUUCGUGGUUCCAUCACCCCCCGAAUCAUCGGAAUCGAGCUUUGGAGCAGAAGAACUGAACUGGGGUUUCAGGUCAGGUUGUGAAGCAGAAGCAGAAUGGAGAUAGCUACUGAAGAUAGUGCAGUGGCGGUUUUGAGGGAGUUGUGAGGCAUCAAAAUUGCUGCUUGCCGGAGCACAGACUGAAACUGUGGAGACAUCUCUGUACCCAUUGCUCAGAUGUGGAGAAAUGAAUCUUCCAUAGCAUAUUGAGACCUUGUUCACUGACUGCCUAUUGACUAUUCGGUUCAAAUUCAUUGUUUCCCCCGAGUCGAAAGUACGGAACUUGGGGAGAGAAAGAGAGACGCUUUGUAGAGCUAAUGAGAGGCAAAUCGGCAACAGAGUGGCAGAGGAAAGAGGCGGAGAGCGGCGAACGUUGUACCUGAAAAGGGUCCGAUGAACAACGGCGAAGCGGCGGUGAUCGGGGACGCCCGGCGGAAACUUUUGUCGGGGAAGUGAAGCUGAAGAAGAGGCGUGAAGAGAAAAAGGAUGAGAAGUAGGGCUCCUUCUUAGUUCUUAGUCCAAUCGACCAUGUGGGCUUUCGAUUGGAUCCAGGCCCAUGAACCCAUGUUUGUUUAGUUUUAACUUGUAAGUUGUAACCCGUAUCCGUGCAGAAAAGAUUUUACUUAAGAGGUCUGUUCGAG